GGGCUCCGACCGUUGCUGUGGCAACGCUCCAGCAAACGGGCCGCAGGGCCUCCCGCUGCGGGCGGGCCCGCCUCCCGUCUCAGGUCUCUCCGGGGGCCCAGCCGUUGAUACCUCGAAUCCCCGGGUCAGGUGUUUGGGGUGGUCCCGGUCUGCUCCGUUUCAGCUCCACCUUCUCACCUCCAGCCAUCCCGGGACCUGACCCUUUUUGGAAGUUUAAAGCGACCUUACUAUAGGAAAGUUCACUGUCUCUCUGUUGAGGACUCUCCCUUCACUUUAUGUGUUGUCUAAGGACCUGGACAUUCCAAAGGAGUGUUAAUUCCAUUUACCAGGUAGAGAGUGAACUGGAAAUCUGGGAGAAAGUGUGAGUAGACACAGCCUAAAGUUGAUGAAUUUACUGGUCUGAGGUGAAAUCUUGGCUCUGGCACAUACCAGCUGUGUAACUUCAGAUAAGUUUGAACCUCAUCUGUAGUCACAGAAUCUUCAUCUGUAUCAUGGAGAUAAUGACACUACCAACCUGCUAAGGUUUUUGUGAGGAUUAAAUGCAAUAAAUGUAUGAGUUAAGCAAAUGGCCAAUAGUGACUUCAGUAAACGAUGUGCAAAAUGCUCCAACGGUUCGUCUACUUCUAAGCAAGAUAUACUUUAUGUCUGUGACUGUAAAAGAAGGCUUUCUCCAAUCUCUGUGGUGGAAAUGUCUCAGGCAUCAAGCAGUACCAGCUCAGAAUUUGUAGUUUCAUCAGAGAAAAACAAAGAAAACCAAUCCAUCAUAGAUAAUGUCUCUGUGAAAGAUAUGCUCUUGGAAACCACCAAUGUGGAGAAAAAACCGUCUCAACAACAAUGGAGUCGGGGAAACAUUACAGAAGGAAAAAUUCCUCAUAUAAGGAUGGACAAUGGAGCUGCUAUUCAGAAAAUCUAUACCUUUGGAAGAAUAUUGGGACAAGGGAGCUUUGGAAUGGUCAUUGAAGCUGUGGACAAGGAAACAGAAAGUAAAUGGGCGAUUAAAAAAGUGAACAAAGACAAGGCCGGAAGCUCUGCUCUGAAGCUACUUGAACGGGAGGUGAACAUCCUAAAAAGUGUGAAACAUGAACACAUCAUACAUCUGGAGCAAGUGAUUGAGACGCCUAAGAAAAUGUACCUGGUGAUGGAGCUGUGUGAGGAUGGAGAACUCAAAGAAAUCCUGGAUAGGAAAGGGCAUUUCUCAGAGAAUGAGACGAGGUGGAUCAUUCAGAGUCUCGCAUCAGCUAUAGCAUAUCUUCACAAUAAAGAUAUAGUACAUAGAGAUCUAAAACUGGAAAACAUAUUGGUCAAAAGCAGCUUUAUUGAUGAUAACAAUGAAAUAAACUUAAACAUAAAGGUGACUGACUUUGGCUUAUCUGUGAAGAAGCAAGGCAGGAGUGAAGCCAUGCUACAGACCACGUGUGGGACUCCUAUCUAUAUGGCCCCUGAAGUUAUCAAUGCCCACGACUACAGCCAGCAGUGUGACAUUUGGAGCAUAGGUGUCAUAAUGUACAUUCUAUUAUGUGGCGAACCACCCUUUUUGGCAACGUCAGAAGAGAAGCUGUUUGAGCUAAUAAGAAAGGGAGAACUACAUUUUGAAGAUCCAGUCUGGGAUUCCAUAAGUGAUAGCGCUAAACGUGUUUUGCAACAACUUAUGAAAGUAGACCCUGCUCACAGAAUCACAGCUAAGGAACUACUAGACAACCAGUGGUUAACAGGCAACAUAGUUUCCUCAGCAAGACCAAUCAAUGUGUUAGAAAUGAUGAAACAAUGGAAAAAUAACCCAGAAAGUGAUGAGGAAAACACAACAGAUCCAAAGAACAACUGGUCCAUUCAAGAAAAGUUGAAAGGUUGCCAACCCAGCGGACCCAGCGGAAAUGUCCAGGACACGAGGUGCACUUCAGAUGAUGAGAAGGAAAAACAGUCCACUGCUUAUGCAAAGAAACUUUUUGUGACCAGUAAGAAGGAAAACGUGGACGAAUCGGAGGCGAAGUGUGCAAGUUCCACAUAUGGCAGAAACUAUCCACCUGGACUCAGGGGAGAACCAGAGAAAUCCCCCAUGACAUCAAGCCAAGGACUGACAACCAAGUACAUUGCUAAAUCCAAUGCCGCGCCUAGAACCAAAAAGAAACUCUAAGGUUCCCUUUACAGGUGAAUAGUACACACACAGAGCUCCUCUUUCUAGAGCUAAAGUGAGGAGACGGGAGGGGGAAGGACCGGACUAUGGGGAGCUUUUAGCCUUUUAUCCCUGCUGAGUCUUGCCAGGUGUUUGCGCCAGUUUAACCUCAGAGCUAGGGGUCUUCAAGGCAGCCUGAAGGCUCGAUGGCGGCUGUGGCCGUGGCUGUAGUCAACUCAAGGUUUUUGAGAGUUGUUUAGAGGAGCACAUGUCCUCACAACAAGGCAGUGGGCAUACUUGCUCAGUUUUAUUUCAAAUUCUUGUAUUUAGGCACAAUUAUUUGUAGGAGAAGAUGAGAGCCAAAUAUGGUGAUGGAGGUCCCCAAUAAUUAUGUGCACUUCGCACUAGGAGAUUUUGUUAGGAAACUACUAAUAAACUUGCCGUAGGCAUAACAGCAGAAGUGCUUCAGCCAUUCACGUGUUCUUGUGAUUUUAGGUUGCUAUAGAUUAUUUAAGACAACUUAUUUUAGAUAUAGAAGAAUAGGAGAUUUUGUAACUGCUUGCCAUUAAGUUGCUGCUAAAUUCCCAAUAUAUUGAUUGAAUCAAUAAAAGACAGAUGUUACCCAUGCA